AUGGGGGUGCAAAAGAAAGCGAAACUGCCCGUUCCAAAGAUUCUCCGCAUACCGGAGGUGCUGGAUUUGAUAUUACAGACUGUCAGUACCCAAAGCUGUCCUGAUAGCCACCUGAAAACAACGCCUAGCUCUCUCGAUGUCAUCUCCACACGUCCGCACAACUAUUUUGCCAUGUCGGAAGGCAGUUCCACCGCGUUGUACUCGCCCAACCGCGAAGACCCCGAUAUGUCUCAAGACAACGAUCUCUCCGCUAGUGACGAGGACUCGGCGUACGGAGGAGAACUGCCUGAUACAACGGUUCUGGCUCCCGAAGAAGUGUUCGAAUUUGAAACGAUAUACAACCGGGAAUAUCAUGUGUACUUCCAAAAUGGGAAGUACCCCUAUCCCAGUGACGACCGGGAGAAAGAACGGCAAACCGACUUCCACCGCCACAUCAAAGCCUACCUUGCGGGUGAAGGCCCUUAUGGUGACCACGGCCUCUUUUCCGCACCUUUUAACACUAGGAAUGGUGCAAAUAUCCUCGAUAUUGCUACAGGAACUGGCAAGUGGGCUAUUGAUAUGGGUGACAAGUUUCCCGAAGCCACUAUCACAGGGAUCGAUCUUAGCCCAAUUCAAUUAGAAUAUGUUCCUCUAAACGUCAACUUUGUUAUUGAUGAUGUCGAGUUAUCUUGGGAUGAUCCCGCUCGGUACGACUACGUCCACUGUCGACACGUGGGAGGUUGUAUGCAAAACUUUUCACUCCUUAUUAAACGGAUAUACGAACACCUAAAGUCCGAAGGAUGGGUAGAAUUUCAUGAGCUCUCAAUGGAAUUCAUGUCUACUGAUAAUAACAAAGCCGGCGUGGGUGAAGAACUUUCGGAACUUAUACGGAUUUUGAACGAUGCAUGCUCCAAAAUGGGAAGAAUUUUAUAUCCAAUGCAGGAUUUGGAAAGUCGGCUUUCAGAAGCUGGAUUUAAACAGAUUCAGCGACGGGAUUUCUGGCUCCCAGUUGGUGAUUGGCCAGAUAAUGAGCGGGAUAGGAACAUAGGACUUGCAGUGAAAGACUAUUUGUGGGAGGGAUUAGAAGCCAUCACUGCUGUACCGUUGAGAGGGCAUCUACAACUGUCGAAGGAGGAAACAGAGCUGCUGUGUGCGGGAGCGAGGAAGGACCUGAUUGAUAAGUUACUUGUUCGCUACGAAUGCGUCAUAGCGCAGAAGGGAACAUAA